GCUGCACAUUUAUCCUCACCCUUAGGAUUUCAGACACUUCUAAUGGACUCAUAACCACGGGACAGUGAUGGCACAGGCACAGCAGGAUUUUAACAGUGGGAAGAUGCUGAUGGACAAAAACGAAACUUGGCUCUCUAAUUUCUCCUCUGCUGCCUCCUCCUUUGUGAGGAGAGGGAUUGGGCUCCAGGAGGUGGUCAUUGGCCUGAUCCUCACCCUCAUCGACCUGAUCACCCUCCUGGGAAAUACUGUGGUCUUCCUCUGCCCCGUGGUGGAGAAGAGGCUGCGCACUGUCACCUACAUGUUCAUCAUGUCCUUAGCCAUGGCAGACUUCCUUGUGGCCUGUCUGGUCAUGCCCUUCAGUAUCAUUUACGAGGUGACGGGGAUGUGGCUGUUUGGGAGGCUUUUCUGCAAAGUCUGGAUCUCCUUUGAUGUCAUGUUCUGCACGGCAUCCAUUGUCACACUGUGCUUCAUCAGCCUGGACAGAUACUGCUCCGUGGUGACCCCCUACCACUACUCCAGAAGGAUGUCCCGUGGCAGAUGCAUUGUGAUGACCUGCAUGGUCUGGGUGUAUUCCUCCCUCAUUUCCUUCCUUCCUGUCAUGCAAGGCUGGAACGAGAUCCCCGGGGUGGACUUUGAUGCGGGCAGGGAAUGCAUCUUUGUCACCAACUGGAUUUUUGCCAUCGUGGCUUCUGCCCUGGCGUUUUUCGUCCCCUUCAUGGUGAUGUGCAGCAUGUAUUUCUUCAUCUACCGAGCGUCGCGGCUCAAGGCCACCCGUAUCAUGUCCCAGACCCUGGAGAUUCACUACCACCCCAACAGCAAGCGGCAGAACCACCUGCAGCUGGAGAACAAGGCCACGAGGACCAUCAGCAUCAUCAUCUCAGUCUUCGUGCUCUGCUGGCUGCCCUACUUCGUCCUGAACGUCUGGCUCGCUGCCAGGGGCGCCGACUCCACCAGCACGGUCCUGGUCGACACCUUCAAGAUCAUCACCUGGUUGGGAUACUGCAACUCCACCAUCAACCCAAUGCUCUACGCCUUCCUGAACAGGGACUUCCAGCGGGCCCUGAAGAAGCUGCUCGUUUGCAGGCACAGGUCUCAGGUGGACAUUGGAGAAGACAUGGUUUCCAUCGCCACCUUCUCCAAGACCGCUCCAGAUCUGGAAUACAGCACAGCGGUGCCGGUGCCCAACGGUGCCCUGAAGGGCAAACCCAAGUCAUAG